CAUGACUUUCUCUUAUGGACAUACAGACAAAAAGAUAAGAACACCUUAAGUAUAAAAAGAUUGAUCAUCAAAGCUCAAGAUAUUAUUCCAAAAAAUGGCCUCUCUCUCAAGCAGCAGCUCAUGGGGUGCCAAUAUCACUCAUCAGAAGCAAUUCAAGAUUGGUCUGUGCCAGUUAUCAGUAAGUACAGAAAAGGAAACAAACUUGGCGUCUGCUCGGUCGUCUAUUGAGCUUGCAGUCAAGCAAGGUGCAGCUCUUGUUGUUUUGCCAGAAAUGUGGAAUUGCCCUUACUCGAGUGACUGCUUUGCCAAGUUUGCUGAAGACUUCAAUGAUAAAAAUGGAUGUCCGUCUUUUUCCAUGUUAUCAGAACUUGCUACAUGUCACAACAUUACAAUAGUAGGUGGAUCUGUGCCAGAACUUGAUAAUAAUAAUAUAUACAAUACUUGCUGUGUGUUUGGCCCCAAUGGAAAGUUACUAGCUAAGCAUAGGAAGCUUCAUCUUUUUGACAUUCAAAGCGUAGCUCCCGGGGAGUUAAGUUUCAAAGAAUCAGAUAGUUUUACUGCAGGAGAUAAACCAACCAUUGUAGACACAGAUGUUUGUCGUAUCGGGAUUGGAAUCUGUCAUGACAUUCGGUUUCCAGAGCUGGCAAUGUUAUACCAAGCAAGAGGUGUCGAGUUGAUAUGCUACCCCGGUGCAUUCAACGUGAACACAGGGUCUAUGCUCUGGGAACUUGAACAACGAGCCAGGGCAGUUGAUAACCAGAUAUGUGUAGCAACAUGCUCACCCUCACGAAACUCUAGUGGUUCCUAUGAGAUAUGGGGCCACUCUACUCUAGUUGGACCGGCUGGUGAAGUCAUUGCCAAGUUAGGGCACGAGGAGGCAGUACUGGUAGCCGAGAUUGAUCUUUCGACUAUUUAUUAUCAAAGGCAGAGUAUCCCAUUACACAAACAUAAGCAAUCCAACAUAUACGGGCUUAUUGAUCUAAAAGAAGAAGAAACACUCUGAAGAAUACAAAUCUCAGCACUGGUUGAUGCAAAAACAAAGAUUAUGUUCAUAGAGAUGUUUAUCAUAUCUAGCAUUUGAGCAUUUAAACCAAUCAUAGCUAGUGUCUAGAUUGCCCAUGUCAUCUCAUCUCAGACAAAGUAAGUUUGCAAUGUGAAAUAAACUUGGCAAAUAGGAAGGAUAAUAAACUACAACGCAAAUGAGUUUAAAAAACAAGAGGUGAUUGAUGAACAA